CUUCUGUGACCACACUUUCUUGGGGCCCUAGACCCUAGUGUUGAUUUUUCGUAUCUCAAGUCCACCCCAUCAAGGAAGACUUGAAGUCCCUUAAGAUGUGUGUUUAGAUUGAGCUUAAUUGGAAGUGAAAGCACAGAGAUGGAGAGCAACAUAAUGUUGGAGAACCAGAAUCUGGAUGCCUUUGAUAUUCUUGGAAAAGCUUUUGUUAUCUCUGCCAGAAACAUUAACUUCUUUCUCUUCACUAUUUUCGCUUCCCUUCCUCUCUUCUGUUUCUUGGUUUACUAUCAACCUUUUCUACAAAUAUUCCAGGAUCAAGUAUCAGAAAUUCUAAAACAACCGGCCUUUGUUUAUUAUUUUGAGGACUACAUGUUUAAUUGGUCAUUACCAUUGGAUGCAACCCCGGAAUGGAACAAGGGGUUUCCUGGUGAGUUGAUUCAACAAGCACUUCUCUAUCUGGUGCCUUUCCAUCUCCUAGAGCUCAUCACCAUGCUUGCAAUUGCUAAUUUGGCCUCGAAGAUAUAUAAAGAAGAGAGACCAAUGAGUCUGAAGGAGAUGGUGCAUACACAACCUUUUGACAAAUCCGGACUGAAAGCCUUUUUCAUCACAUCUGUCUAUGUUCUCGUCUUGUCCACCUGUAGUGAGCUACUCGGAUUUGUAUGGUCAGCUGCAAGCUACUCUUUUGCAUUCAGGUACUUUAACCAUGAUAUACUCUUAGCUUUAUGGUGUUGUAUAGCAAGUGUAGCACUGCUAACAAUGUAUUUGGCAUGGAAUGUGAUAUGGAAUAUGAGUAUUGUGAUUUCGAUAUUGGAGGGGAUACAUGGAACCAGGGCAUUCGGUCUAGUAACGUAUCUAAGCACUGGCAACGAGUGGGGAGGGUUUCUUUUGAUGUUGAUUUUCUUUGAUUGGGAAGUAACUUUAAGGUUGCCAUGUCUCUAUUUUGGCUGCAAAGAAAGGGGGAAUGGAAUGUUUGUUGCACAGAGCAGCUUGUUGUGCUUAGGGAAUGUGUUCAAGUUGGUCGUCUUCGUUAUAUAUUUCCACGAUUGCAAGAACCGGGUUUUAGAAAAGAGGUUGAUGAUCAAGGCUAAAAGAGCUGGUUAUCAGAGCUGUGUAUGAAUAGGCACCACAAGCAAGUACAUUGAUGUGAUCAUCAUCAGAAAACUCUGGUCUACGCAUACAACAUUUUAAGGUCGUCUUUAAUAAAUGAUUAUCAUUAAAUAUGUACAAUUUCGAUGUGUUUCAUCUUUGCUUUCAUGCUUUAUUUGUUGUAUUGAAAGGGAUAUAUACAAACCUUAAACUGUGAUAGUUCUUUUAGUUGGAUAGCCCUUAUAAGGGUACUUCACAGUCA